AACGUGCACAUCUUUCCCCAGACAGUGGCCAUGGCCGAACACUUUAAAGAAGUCGGUAGGUGUCUGAUGUGCCUGAGUCACCUUGAAACGCCCAUGUACCUGAAAUGUGGCUACGUCUGCUGCCUGCGGUGCCUGGGUUCGCUGCAGAGGGAGCCCGACGGCGAGGGCUUACUGUGUCCCUCCUGCUCCACGAUCUCUCGGAAGAAGGACAUCAAGCCCAGUAUCCAGCUCGGGAGGCUGAUUGCGAAGGUCAAGGAGCUAGAGCCCCAGCUGGAAGCUGUUCUACGGAUGAACCCAAAGAUCCUCAGGUUCCAAGCGGACGUGACCUUGGACGUCAACACGGCCAAUGACUACCUCGUCAUUUCUGAGGACCUGAGGAGUGUCUACUGUGGGUGUUUCAGACAGAACCAGAGGUGCAGGCCCGAGAGAUUCAACUACGCCCUCUGUGUCCUGGGCUCCCCUGGCUUCUCCUCUGGCCGUCACUACUGGGAAGUGGACGUGGGGAUAAGCAAGGAAUGGGACGUGGGUGUUUGCAGGGACUCUGCUAAUCGGCAAGGGCCCAUCCUACUGUCCUCAGAAUUUGGCUUCUGGACGGUGGGUCUGAGGAAGGAUUUCUUCCAAGCCGGCACCAUGCCUGUGUCUGUUCUCUCAGUGAGCCCCCGGCUACACCGAGUCGGGGUUUUCCUGGAUAUGAAUUUUGGCACCGUCUCCUUUUAUCACGUUAGUGAUGGAUCCCAUAUCUUCACGUUCACAAAAAUUCCUGCUGCGGAGACACUGCGUCCCUUUUUUGCUCCUGCAGAUCCCAACAUGGAUGGUCGAGGAGGUGCCCUGAGAAUCUGUCCCGUGGUGAAGCCGGGCACUGCCAGCUGUCCUGGGGAUUCUGGUCAAGACAUAUGA